GGUAAUUUGUGGUGCAAGUAUAAAAGGAUGCUUGUACAGUAUUCGAUACAAUAUGUGACGAACGAGCUCGUAUGAAACACUACUGUAUUUAAGUGUCUUAAAACCCGAACGAAUUUCGCCAAAAUGAGAGUGUUAUUUAUAUUCCUUCUUGUUUGUUUUUGUUUGGUAAGUGCGAAAUAUUUACCAAAUGAAUCGCAACGUUCACGAUCAUUACGGCGAUCUGGUGAGUCCGAUUCCAGCGAGUCCGAGGCGUCCAUAGAUCGUGAUGACGAUAGUAGAGGUGAGGAUGAUGAUGGCAAUGAUGACGAUUCUAGACAAGAUAGAAAUAUCCAGGGUAUAGAAGCAAUUAGGAGAAAAAUUGAAGAGAGAGAAAGAAGAGAAAAAAGGAAAUUAGAAGAAAAAUUACGUGAAGAAACAAGAAAAUUAGAGGAGAAACAGAGAAAACUUGAAGAAAAGUUAGCUAAAGAGGAAUUAAAACUACAAAAGAAGAGACAAGAAGAAGAACGAAAGCUUCAGGAACGAAUAGAAAAAGAAAGACGUAAGCAAGAAGAAGAGAAUAGGAAACGACAGGAAAAGAUUGCAAAAGAAGAACGAAAACGUAGAGAAAGAGAACGUAAGAUACUUGAGAAAUUACAGAAAGAGGCUUUGGAGGAUAAUAAAGCUUCAGAUAGUUCGGAAUCUAUAGAAAUAGAGGGGUCAUUAGAUUUUGAAGAUCUAUGGAAAGGUUAUGUUUAUGAGCAAUAUGGGUUAUCAUCAGUAAGUACGAAAGUAGAAAAGAAAGUAGUGCUGAAUAUAUUUAUACAGGAACAGCUUAAUAUUAACAUAUAUAGCAGUAAAAGCGAAAGAAGACGAGCACUGAUAGAAUGGAUAGAAAAUGAAGUGCGUAAUAAUGCACAAAACAGUUUCAGAAAUUACAUACUGAGACGUAUUAAUUCCAUUCAGAUAGAACAGUUAAGAAGAAGGUUAAAUAGACAGAUUGAAAAUCUAAACAAUAAAUUAACGUUGCUAAAUAAUGCGCUCUCGCCAUUGGUUUCUAUUGCACGAAAUAAUAUUGAAGAGAAAAGGACUUUGCUUCAAGCUGCAUCACAGUUGUUAUCAACUUUAAUUACUAAUUUGAUUAGCGGUGGACAGUCGAAUAAUAAUCCGUUCUCUUCACCUAAUGGACCUUCGUCUGUUGGUGAUUCAAGUAACACUGUUACAUCCACUACAGAGUCAGCAAUUUCUAGCUCUACUAAUAAUGCAGAAUCGAGUGCCAAUGUAACUCCUGCAGAAAAUAGUGACACCACUUCCAUUGAUUUAUCUGGUUCUGAUAUUUCUGCUACUGAAUCAAGUAACCAAGGUACAUCUGAAAGUGUAAUAUCAAAUACAAAUGAAUCAUCCGCUACAAGUAAUGAUGCCAUCUCCUCUAGUAUAUCGGCAUCUAACUCGAAUAAUUCUGAAGUUGACUCCAGUAAUACUGCAAUAACUGGUACUGAAACAGAAGAUAGUAACACUACUGAAAUAUCAACAACGGGUACCAAUGGAAAUUCAGAAACAAGCAGUGCUGCUGGAUCUAAUGAUAGUUCUAGUUCCAAUGUUUCCACUGAUGAUUCUACCGAUGUCGUCUCAUCUGGCGUGGAAAAUGCAAACACCGGUUCCGCUGAAGGUGCAGCAUCUAACGCUGAUGCAACAAGUAAUGACCCCACUGAUACAUCUUUAUCCGGUUCUGAUGUUCUUACCACCGAUUCAACUGAUGCAACCACACCAAGCGAUAUAUCAGCAGCUACUGACUCAACUGAAAAUGCACUAUCCAGUUCUGAAGCAACUUCUGAAGCAAGCAAUAGUAAUGCUUCUACUGAGGGGUCUGGUUCGAAUGAUCUCACUGUUGACUCCAACAACGGAUCUGUAUCGGAUGUUGAAACUGCAGCUAGUGGUUCACCGGAAAGUGCUGUAUCUAAUACUAAUGUAACUUCUGAAGUAAACAGUAGUACUGCUUCUUCUGAGGGAUCCAAUUCAAAUAAUCUUGUUGUUGAUUCCAAUAACUCUGCUACAUCUACUGUCGUAUCUGCAGUUGGUGGAUCAUCGGAAAGUACGGCAGUCAGCUCUGAUACAACAUCUGAAAUAAGUAGUAGCACUACUUCUGCUCAGGGAUCAAAUUCAAAUACUAUUGUCGUUGAAUCAAAUAACUCUGUCACAUCUAAUGUCAUAUCUGCAGCUGGUGGCUCAUCAGAAAGUGUAUCAGUCAGCUCUAACCUAACUUCGGAAACAAGUAGUAGCACUUCUUCUACUCAGGGUUCAAAUUCAAAUACUAUUGUCAUUGAAUCCAACAACUCUGUCACAUCUAGUGUCGUAUCUGCAUCUGGAAGCUCAUCGGAAAAUGCAGCAGCUAGUACUGAUGUAAAUUCUGAAAUAAAUAGCAGUGUCAAUUCAGCUGAUGGUUCUAGCUCAAGCAUUUUAGAUAUCGAUUCAAACAAUGCUGCCUCAUCUAGUGUCGAAUCUGCAACUGGGGGUUCAUCGGAGAAUGCAGUAGCCAGUACCAAUGUAACUUCUGAAAUAAAUAGCAGCACUAAUUCAGCUGACGGUUCUAGUUCAAGUCUUCUUAAUGUUGAUUCCAACAGCUCUGCCACAUCUGGUGUUGAAUCUGCAAAUGGCGGUUCAUCGGAUAAUGCAGGGUCCAGUAGCGACAUUACUUCUGAAAUAAACACCAGUACUAAUUCAGCUGACGGUUCCAGUUCAAGUGUUAUAGAUGUUGAUACAAAUAAUGCUGCCUCGUCUAAUGUCGAAUCCGUAACUGGUAGUUCAUCAGAGAAUGCCGCAGCCAGUACUAACGUAACUUCUGAAAUAAGUAGUAGUGCUAAUUCAUCUGACGGUUCUAGUUCAAGUGUUCUUGACGUCGAUUCUAACAACUCUGCCACAUCUGGUGCUCAAUCUGCAACUGGUGGUUCAUCGGAUAAUGCAGGGUCCAGUAGCGACAUUACUUCUGAAAUAAAUAGUAGUACUAAUACAGCUGACGGUUCCAGCUCAAGUGUGAUAGAUGUUGAUACAAAUAAUGCUGCCUCGUCUAAUGUCGAAUCUGCAGCUGGUGGUUCAUCAGAGAAUGCAGCAUCCAGCACUGACGUAACCUCUGAAAUAAGUAGUAAUACUAAUUCAGCUGACGGUUCUAGCUCAAGUGUUAUAGAUGUUGAUACAAAUAAUACUGUCUCAUCUAGCGCCGAAUCAGCAACUGGUGGUUCAUCGGAAAAUACUGCUGUCAGUAAUGAUGUAACUUCAGAAAUAAGUAGCAAUAUUAAUUCAACAGACGGUUCUAGCUCAAGUGUAAUUGACGUCGAUUCCAACAACUCUGUUAUAUCUGGUGUUUCAUCUACAACUGGUGGUUCAUCGGAUAAUGCAGCAACCAGUAAUGAUGUAACUUCCGAAAUAAAUAGCAGUACUAAUUCAGCUGACGAUUCCAGCUCAAAUGUUCUAGAUGUUGACUCCAACAAUGCCGCCUCAUCUAGUGUCGAAUCUACAACUGGUGGUUCAUCGGAAAAUGCAGCAGCCAGUACCAACGUAAGUUCUGAAAUAAGUAGUAGUGCUAAUUCAUCUGACGAUUCUGGCUCAAAUGUUCUUAAUAUCGAUUCCAAUAACGCUGCUACAUCUAAUGUUGGUCAAUCCCAAAAUACAGUAUCCAAUACUGACGUCACUUCUGACGAAAGCAUUGGAGUUGCUUCCACAGACUCGUCAGGCACUAAUAUUUCCUCUGUUAACUCCGCUAAUACUACUUCAUCGGUUGUGGAAAAUACAACCAAUAGCGCUUCUGAAAGUGCAACAUCUAACACUGAAGGUACUUCUACUGAAAGUAGUAAUACUGCUUCUACUGAUGACACUUCAAAUGGUGUGGAAACUACGACUGUUGAAUCUAAUGAUAACACUAUAUCAGAUACCAAUGAAAAUAUCGAUAAUGUGUCUACCGAUACGUCUACAUCAGAUAUUUCUGCUACUGAUUCUACUAACGCUGUUUCAACUAGUAAUGCACCUACGACUGAAUCAAUUGAAAAUACAACCUCUGGUAUUGAUUCAACUACUGCAGGAGAUAAUAGUAGCGAUUCUACUGGUACAACUGUCUCCGAUUCUAACAUUACUGUUGACGAUUCUACGAGCAUUGUUACAUCAGGAGUUGAAAGUACAACCGUUGAUUCUACUGAAAAUACAGUAUCACUCCCCGAAUCUUCUUCAACAAGCGAUGAUACUAUUUCCACUAAUGCGUCUGAAAAUGAUAAUUCAGCUGUUACCACUACACAAGAUUUAUCAUCAUCUAUUACUAAUUCAGAUGUAACGACAUCUGAAAGCAUUGAUAUUACAACCGAAAACAUCAAUAUUAUUACAUCUGAGGCAGCUACUACUACUAUUGGAGAUCUGACAACAGCAGGUGGUCUUGAAACGGUCACCACAGUUAGUAUUUCUUCUAAUACUGACGAAGAAAUUAGUGUAACUACUUCUUCUGGAAUUGAAAAUGUCAGUGAAUCACAAACAGAAUCUGGUAUCAUUGAAAAUGGACCAGAAGUCAAUACCCCUAUUCCUGUGGUUCCUGUAGAUAAUAAUAAUAUAGCAAAUAUUUUGCCAGGAGUUAAUAACAAUUUCCUAGAAAUCAUAUCAGGAGGUCGUCCGAUCAUCCGUCCACCUAUCCGUCCAUCCAUCCUUCCAAGCCGUCCUCCUUUUAUUAUAGUUCCACUAAAAAAUGAGAUUAAACGUCCCAAUGAGCCUGGUGCGAUCGUCGUUGAAAUAAACCGGCAGUGAAAUUGAUUGACCUGUUAUUUAAUGAGUAAAAUUCUAUAAUGAAAUGUAUAUAGUUAAAUUUAAUGUUAGUGAACCGAAUAAUUUUGUAGAUAUGUGCAUUUAAAUAAAAUACAGGGCAAACAU